AUGGCCGGGCAGCUAAAUUUUCCUAUGCUGCUUGUGAGAAAGAAUGGGAGCAAGUGUUGCAUUUGGUCGUCCGAUGAUGCUGUAAUUAAAUCUCCAAACGACAGAAGACUUUACAGAGUAAUACAACUUGAGAAUCGACUUUGUGCUUUGCUUGUUCACGAUCCUGAGAUUUACUCCGACGAUUCUAAAACCCUAGAAAACACUCUAGAUGAAGAAGACGAAGACGAAGAAGAAGGAGCGUCUGAUUUUGCAGAUGAAGACGAAGAAUCUGAAGAGGACGAGGAUGAAGACGAAGACGAUGAGAAAGCAGAGAAAGGAAAUGGAACUUCUUCUCAGACUAAGAAGGCAGCUGCAGCAAUGUGUGUAGGAAUAGGCAGUUUCUGUGAUCCUGUUGAGGCGCAAGGACUUGCUCAUUUUCUAGAACACAUGCUCUUCAUGGGGAGUACUGAAUUUCCUGACGAAAAUGAGUAUGAUAGUUAUUUGUCCAAGCAUGGUGGCUCAUCUAAUGCGUAUACGGAAAGUGAACAUACCUGUUACCAUUUUGAAGUCAAAAGAGAGUAUCUUAAGGGUGCAUUGAUGAGGUUUUCUCAGUUUUUCAUUUCUCCGCUUGUCAAAAUGGAAGCUAUGGAGCGAGAGGUACUUGCUGUUGAUUCAGAAUUUAACCAGGCUUUGCAAAAUGAUGAUUGUCGUCUUCAACAACUUCAAUGCCAUACAUCUGUAGAUGGUCACCCUUUGAACAAAUUCUUUUGGGGGAAUAAAAAGAGUCUGGCUGAUGCUAUGGAAAAAGGGAUAAAUUUGCAUGAACAAAUUUUGAAAUUGUAUGGAGACUAUUACCAUGGCGGACUCAUGAAGCUAGUGGUCAUCGGAGGAGAACCUCUUGAUAUGCUUGAGAGUUGGGUUGUGGAAUUAUUUGCUAAUGUCCAAAAAGGUUCUGGCGUAAAACCAGAAUUUUCUAUUAAAGGGCCCAUCUGGAAAGCUGGUAAACUGUAUAGAUUGGAGGCAGUUAAAGAUGUUCAUAUCCUUGACUUAACAUGGACGCUGCCAUGUCUUCGUCAAGACUAUCUGAAGAAAUCUGAAGAUUAUAUAGCCCACCUCAUGGGACAUGAGGGCAAAGGAAGUUUGCAUUCGUUUCUUAAAGCUAGAGGAUGGGCAACUUCUAUUGCUGCUGGGGUUAGCGAUGAAGGAAUGCAUCGAUCUUCUUUGGCAUACAUCUUUGGCAUGUCUAUACACCUCACAGAUUCUGGGUUGGGAAAGAUCUUUGACAUAAUUGGAUUUGUUUAUCAAUACCUUAAGUUGUUGCGUGAAUUUUCUCCCCAAGAAUGGAUAUUCAAGGAACUACAAGAUAUUGGUAACAUGGAAUUUAGAUUUGCAGAGGAGCAACCGCAGGAUGAUUAUGCUGCGGAGCUUGCAGCGAAUUUACUUGUUUAUCCAGCAGAACAUGUUAUUUAUGGGGACUAUGUGUACAAGGAAUGGGACAAGGAAAUGAUAAAAAAUUUACUGGGUUUCUUCACUCCAGAAAACAUGAGGAUUGAUGUUGUGUCAAAAUCUUUCAAGAAGUCAGAAGAUUCCCUUUAUGAGCCUUGGUUUGGGUCACACUAUACUGAGGAAGAUGUUUCCCCAUCUUUGAUGAAAUUAUGGAGGGAUCCUCCAGAAAUUGAUGCAUCAUUACAACUGCCCUCAAAAAAUGAGUUCAUUCCAUUGGAUUUUUCCGUUCGAGCUAAUAACACAUCUGAUGGUCCUGGAAAUGUAUCUUCUCCGAUAUGUAUAAUUGAUGAACCAUUAAUCAAGUUUUGGUACAAGCUUGAUAAUACUUUUAAACUGCCUCGUGCAAAUACAUAUUUCCGCAUAAAUCUGAAGGAGGCAUAUGAUAAUGUAAAGAGUUGUCUUUUGACUGAAUUAUUCAUUAACCUUCUUAAAGAUGAGCUGAAUGAGAUCAUAUAUCAGGCUAGUGUUGCCAAGUUGGAAACUUCUGUGUCUUUCUUCGGUGACAAGUUGGAACUGAAGGUUUAUGGCUUCAAUGAUAAGCUUCCAGUUCUGUUAUCUAAGGUUUUGGCAGUAGCCAAAUCUUUUUUACCGACUGAUGAACGUUUUAAGGUUGUUAAAGAAGAUAUGGGGAGAACUCUGAAAAAUACCAAUAUGAAGCCUCUAAGUCAUUCAUCAUAUUUGAGACUACAAGUUCUAUGUGAGAGUUUCUAUGAUGUGGAUGAGAAGUUAUGGGUACUAAACGACCUGUCUCUUGCUGAUUUGAAGACAUUUAUUCCCAAGCUUCUUUCCCAGCUGUUUAUUGAGGGAAUUUGUCAUGGCAAUUUGUUGGAAGAUGAAGCAAUUCAUAUAUCAAAUAUAUUUAAAAGUAACUUCUUGGUAAAACCAAUUCCAGUUGAAAUGAGGCAUCAAGAGCAUGUAAUAUGUCUUCCUUCUGGUGCCAACCUGGUCAGAGAUGUCAGUGUGAAGAAUAAGUGUGAAACAAACUCUGUUGUUGAGCUUUAUUUUCAAAUUGAACAGGAAAAUGGGAUUGAAUCAAUAAAAUUGAAGGCUUUGGUAGAUCUUUUUGAUGAAAUUGUGGAGGAACCAUGUUUUAAUCAGCUGAGGACAAAGGAGCAGCUUGGUUAUGUUGUUGAAAGUAGCCCACGUAUAACUUACCGUGUUUUUGGGUUUUGCUUUUGUGUUCAAUCUUCCAAAUACAAUCCAAUUUAUUUGCAGGAGAGAAUUGACAACUUCAUAAGUAGCCUGCAAGAGUUGUUGGAAGGGCUUGAUGAUCAGUCCUUUGAGAAUUACAAAAGUGGUUUAACAGCAAAGCUACUGGAGAAAGAUCCUUCCCUCACAUACGAAACCAAUCGAUUUUGGAAUCAGAUCAUUGAUAAAAGGUAUAUGUUUGAUCUGUCACAAAAGGAAGCAGAGGAACUCAAAAACGUAAACAAGAAUGACAUUAUUGAAUGGUUCAACAAGUAUCUGGUGCAAUCAUCUCCAAAGUGUCGGAGACUUGCAGUGCGAGUAUGGGGUUGCAACACUGACAUGAAAGAGGCUGAAACUCAAGCAGAAUCUUUCCAUAUUAUUAAAGACCUCAAAGCCUUUAAGACAUCAUCUAAUUUCUAUCCAAGCCUUUGUUGAGACAAAUUAGACUAAAUUAUUUAAACUAUUCAGGGCCUGAGAUAUCCAGGAUUGAAACAAUAUUCCUUUAUAUUUUUUAUUCCGAAAGAAGAAUUAAAAUUCAUAAUGAUAAUCAAAGUAUCAGAGAUAGAGAUACAUUCAUGUAACAUUAGAAAUGUGUUGGUACAGAAACAUUAACGAAAUUAUUAUUCCAAUUCACAAUUUUAUUAUAUUUCUUUUA